AUGUCUCUGAUUGCUUUGCAAACAGUCAAAAGUCGUUGGAAUGCAUCCGUUGCAGUUUCUUUAUUUAACCGGGCCUUUCAUUCGAAUAACACUCACUUUAUGGCCUCAACGACAGACGUGAAGGAACCUAGACUGAAAACAUUCGAAAUCUAUCGUUGGAACCCUGACAAACCAACCGAAAAACCUACACUGCAAAAAUACCAAGUUGACUUGAAUACAUGUGGCCCUAUGGUUUUAGAUGCCCUCAUUAAAAUCAAAAAUGAACAAGAUCACAGCCUGACGUUCCGUCGUUCAUGCCGUGAAGGUAUUUGUGGUUCUUGUGCUAUGAACAUCCAAGGUGGAAAUACAUUGGCUUGUAUAUCCAAGAUUGACAAAGAAGAUCUCAGCAAACCUGUAAAAAUUUAUCCUUUGCCCCACAUGAAUAUUGUGAAAGACCUGGUGCCUGAUUUAACACACUUUUACAAACAAUAUAAGAGCAUCGAACCUUAUCUAAAACAAAAAAAUCCUCCGACAGAUGGCAAGGAGAACUAUCAAUCUAUUGAAGACCGUAAGAAGCUAGACGGUCUGUAUGAAUGUAUUUUGUGUGCUUGCUGUUCUACUUCGUGUCCUUCUUACUGGUGGAACCAAGAAGAAUACUUGGGCCCCGCCGUCUUAAUGCAGGCCUAUCGUUGGAUGAUUGAUUCUCGCGACCAAUAUGGCGCUGAACGCAGAGAAAAACUACAAAAUAAAAUGGCAUUGUAUCGUUGCCAUACAAUUAUGAAUUGUUCAAAAACAUGUCCAAAGGGCCUACAACCUGGUACUGCUAUCGCUGAAAUCAAAGCUAAAAUGGCUUUUGAGUAG